CAGGAUUUUUCCUCCUCCACACACACUAAAAGGGGGGAACUCAAAUUCAUUCAAACCUGAGCUCAAGAAAAAGCUUUUCUCUCGUAGUAGUUUUAGUGAAAGAAUGACCCUGUGAAUGAUCUUAAGUUGGUGCGGGUUCUUACGAUGAACGCAAACUUUGCUGUCGGCGGUAUUUCUCAAGUCGAGUGCCACAACGACACUGAACCUUUAUUGAACCCUUUCGUACACCAUUUGGAAUUGAACACAACUUAUGAGAAAAUUAAAACUAUAAUACUAACAUUAAUUCUGGUACCGGUAAGAGUGGGCCUGAUAUGUUUUUUCGUCGUGACAGCAUGGAUGUUGGCCACAAUCGGUUUGUACGGCGUAACCGAACAAGAACUACAAGACAAACCAUUAGACGGAUGGAGAAAAUCACUAAAGCCCCUCAUUGCCAAACUAAUUUUCUGCAUUUACACGUUGGGCGGCGUAAGGUUAAAGAUAAUUGGGCGACCGUCGAGUCGCGCUGAGGCGCCCUUGGUCGCCCUGGCGCCCCAUUCUUCGUUCAUGGAUAGUGUGGCGAUGGUGUACUUGGGCGGGCCAUCGAUUGUCGCCAAGGGCGAGACCGCUUCUCUACCUUUCUUUGGGAAACUGAUCAACUACACUCAGCCGAUUUACGUGUGGCGAGACGAUCCGGAAUCCAGACAAAAGUCAGUCAAGGAAAUAAUCAAGCGGACAACUUCGAAGCUGGAUUGGCCUCAGAUUUUGAUUUUUCCAGAAGGAACUUGCACGAACAGGAGUUGUUUGAUCAGCUUCAAAAACGGCGCUUUCUAUCCUGGAGUUCCUAUCCAGCCGGUUUGUAUUCGGUACCCGAACAAGCUGGACACUGUAACUUGGACUUGGGAAGGACCCAGUGCAAUAAAAUUGCUUUGGUUAACUCUGACCCAAACGUCGAGCAACUGCGAAGUCGAAUUCCUUCCAGUUUACUAUCCAAACGAAGAAGAGAAACGAGAUCCGAAGUUGUUUGCCAACAACGUUAGAGCUGUUAUGGCCAAGGCUCUCGGAAUACCAGUGGUGGAUUAUUCGUACAGCGACUGCAAAAUGAUGACCAAAGCCAAAGAAAUGAAUUUGCCGUUCGCCACCAAGCUGGUCGAGGUCAGGAAAUUGAGAAGGAAAUUGGAGUUAAAAGGUACAGAAAGAGAAGAAGCCCUGCUUAAAUCAAACAGUUUCACUUGCAGAGACUGUAGCAAAGUAACAUUUAUCGAAUUUGUCGAAAUAAUGAGGCUACAAACGAACGAGCAAGCCGCUUUACAACUUUUCAGAAUCUACGACAGAAACAAUACAGGAUUGAUCGAUCUUCGAGACUAUUUGCUCGGUGUUUUGGCCACCGAAGACGACAAAACCACCGAGGAAAUUUUGCUUUUGGCUUUUAUGAUUUACGACGCCAAACGAAAUGGGAAAUUGACUGCUGACAAUUUUUGCAGGGCCAUUUGCCAGACUUUGGGAAUGGGGCAAGAGCAGGCGUUACAAAUGUUCGAUCAAGUUGAUAGGAAACAGUUGGGAUUUGUUAGAAUUGACGACUUUUUGUUGUGGGCUUCGAAAAACGUCCCGCAGCUGAUUUAUCACGGUACUGGGGAAAAACCCAACUGGAAAAAUUUGGAAAUUUACAAGAACCACGACAAGAAAAUUGACUGAUCCGCGUGCAUUGUCCAUAUGUAAAUUUGGACCUUAAACCACUUCCACAAAUGAUUUUUGUGAACCAAUUUUAAAUUUUUUUUGUACUUAAACUUGUGGACAUAAUUUAUAUUAUAUACCUACCUAUACACGAUUCUUCCUAUAUAGUUGCAAUCUAGAAACAAAAUGUUGCAACUAAUAAUUAUUCUCAAACUGUAUAUAUUAUAUAGGCACCAUUAUUGAUGUUCUAAUAAAACUAUUCAUAUCAAAAUAAUAAUGUACUUAUGAAGUACAAAAUAGAAGCUCUAAAAUCAUUAUAAACAUGCAAGCAAAACCGUGCCAAAUUGCUAGUUCAAUUAGGUCUAUUUAUCAAAAUUAUUAUAUUGGAUUAUAAGUAUAAAUAAGAUUGUAUAAAUUAUAAAAAAAGCUUUAUUAUUUAUUUUUGUUAAGUAUAGUUACUGUCUGUUAUUUAUUGUAAAAUAGGCUUUAGGCUGCACCCAUUUUCAUUAAGUUAUUUGAGUAAUAUAGUUUUAUAUAGAGUA